UUUCAGGUCCCCAAUGAACGGUUUCUUGGUGUACUUGGCAACACUCCAUGCAGCCGUGUUUGUCGCUUAUUCGCAAUCAGACUUCGAUUCGCAGUUCGGUAAACCAUGCACAUCAUCAUAUCAAUGCUGGAGGACAGAGCCAAUUUCUGAGAACGGAUCACCAAUCUCGCUCAUAGCUCCUGGACGAACGAAGAGACUGGAACUUGCAUCGCAAAGUCGAGGAGCACGUUGCCGUUGUAUUGAAGACACAUGCCGCAUGUUUGUAUUCGCCAGUGGAGUCUAUCUGCCAUGUGAAGAGUUCUAAAGUGCUUUGUUCCCUCUCUCUCUCUCACACGAUCUCAUAUUUCCAAUAAUAACACAUCGUUGGAUGUCACAUUACCGUCGUUUUCAGUUAUUUAUACGAAGCACGAUAAACUCGUU